AACAUUCUACCCCGAACAGCGGCAGAGUGGCGCAUGCGUGUGCUAUUCACCGUGCAUCAAUGCAGUAUAUGAGUUCAAGAGUGGGAUCUGAGCAAGCCUUUUAAAUGGUCACAGAAAUGGAUGGAGCUACGCGGAACAGAAGUAACUCCGUUAAGCAGGAGCCAGGGGCGCAACAGAAGAUGACAAAAGAUGGAAACAACAAGCAUGACCAGAUUCCAGAAAGAGUUACCCUUAAAAAAGAAAUUGGACUACUGAGCGCCUGUGCCAUCAUCAUAGGUAACAUCAUAGGUUCCGGAAUCUUCAUUUCCCCAAAGGGGGUUCUGGAACAUUCCGGCUCGGUGGGCCUGGCGCUGAUCGUGUGGGUGCUGGGAGGGGGAAUAUCUGCCCUGGGUUCCCUCUGCUACGCCGAGCUGGGGGUGACCAUCCCCAAAUCGGGCGGAGACUACUCCUAUGUGACAGAGAUAUUUGGAGGCCUGGUGGGGUUUCUCCUGCUGUGGAGUGCAGUGCUCAUCAUGUACCCCACCACCCUGGCUGUCAUCGCCCUCACCUUCUCCAACUAUGUCCUGCAGCCCAUCUUCCCAAACUGCCUUCCACCUUACAUGGCCACCCGCAUGCUGUCCACGACCUGCAUAUUGUUCCUGACCUGGGUGAACUGCUCCAGUGUACGCUGGGCCACCAGGAUCCAGGACGUGUUCACCGUGGGCAAGCUGCUGGCGCUGGGACUCAUCAUUGUGGUGGGCCUGGUGCAGAUCUGUCAAGGGCACUACGAGGGGCUGAAGCCGUCGGUGGCCUUCGAGUUCGCGAGGUCCCCCUCGGUUGGGCAGAUCGCCCUGGCCUUCCUGCAGGCCUCCUUCGCCUUCAGCGGCUGGAACUUCCUCAACUACGUGACCGAGGAGGUGGUGGACCCACGACGGAAUCUACCUCGUGCCAUUUACAUCUCCAUUCCAUUGGUCACCUUUGUGUACACCCUCACCAACAUCGCCUACUUCUCCUCCAUGUCACCUGAGGAGCUGCUGUCCUCCAAUGCCGUGGCAGUCACCUUCGGGGAGAAGCUGCUGGGGAUGUUCUCCUCCGUCAUGCCCAUCUCUGUGGCUCUUUCCACAUUCGGGGGGAUCAACGGAUACCUCUUCACCUCCUCCAGGCUGUGUUUCUCCGGAGCCAGAGAGGGACACCUCCCCAGCCUGCUGGCCAUGAUCCACUGCAAGAGCUGCACGCCCAUCCCGGCCCUCCUGGUCUGCUGCACUGCCACCAUCGUCAUCCUCUGCAUCGGAGAGACGCACAACCUGAUCAACUACGUCUCCUUCAUCAACUACCUCUCCUACGGGGUCACCAUCGCUGGCCUGCUUUACUACCGCUGGAAGAAGCCCAACCUGAACCGGCCCAUUAAGGUGAACCUGAUGGUGCCCAUCAGCUACCUGCUCUUCUGGGCCUUCCUGCUGGGCUUCAGCCUGUACUCAGAGCCAGUGGUGUGCGGGGUGGGGCUGGUCAUAAUGCUCACCGGCGUGCCUGUUUACUUCCUGGGGGUGCACUGGAAGGACAAGCCAAAGUGCAUCUACGAUCUUGUCGAGAGGGUGACUCACGUGGGACAGAGGCUGUGUUUCGUGGUCUUCCCCCAGGUGGACCCCGCCGAAGAGAAGAUGCAGGAGUGGAAGGACAAAUCCGAGUCUUGAGUGUCAGUCCCAGGGAAUUAAAAAAAAUUUUAUUUUUAA